AUGGGUGCCUUCACCAUGCGGAACCUCGUGGUUGGCCUGCAGCUUCUCAGCGUGGCAGCGGCGGCAGCGAUCGACAUCAGCGCCCGCUCGGUGGCCGCGGACCUGAAGAGCCUCGUUUCGUCUUCUGGCGUCGGCGUGGUCGCGCGGGAGCGGUGGAGCGAGUUCGACGCGCCGCAGCCGGCCGUCGUGGUCAACGCGACGUGCGAAAGCGACCUCAAGGCCGUGGUCAAAUACUGCGCCAAGAACAAAGUGCCCAUCCUCGCCCAGAAUGGCGGCAACGGCUGGGCGGCCGGCCAGUGGGACCUCGGCACCGGCGUGAUGCUCAACCUGGCCGGCCUGAACCAGGUCGUCGUGAGCACCGACAAGAAGACGGCCCUCGUCGGCGGCGGCGCCCUCGUCGGAGAUGUCAUCGCCGCCGCCGACGCCGCGGGUGUGCUCGUGCAGACGGGCAACUGCAACUGCGUCGGCGCUCUUGGGGCAGCUCUCGGCGGCGGCUACGGCAACAUCAUGGGCGAGCGCGGCUUCUUCGUCGACAACAUCCUGUCCAUGCGCGUCAUCACGCCCGCCGGCGAGGCCGUCACCGUGACCCCGAGUUCCGACCCGGAUCUGUUCUGGGCCCUCCGCGGCGCCGGCCCCAACUUCGGCGUCGUGACGUACGCAACCGUCAACGCCUUCGCCACAGCCGACCGCACGUCUUGGAUCAUGUCCAUGACCUUCGCCCCCUCGCAGAUUGCCCAGGUCGCCCAGGCCAUCCAGGACCUGCCUCUGCUGCCCCAGCAGGUCGUCUACCUCGUGCUCACCAACUCUGGCGACGCCGAGAAUACGCCCAUGGUCCUCGUCACCGGCUUCCUCCGCGGCGGCACUGAGGCGUCCGGCCGCAAGGCCUACGCACCGCUGUACGCCCUCGACCCGCUCACCAACUCCAGCGCCGUAACGCCCUACACGAGCUGGAACGCGGCCAACGACCCCUUCUGUGGCCGUGGCGGCCGCAAGCCGGCCCUGAGCACCACCAUCAACAACAUGAAGGCGUCGACCUGGUCCAGCAUCUGGUCCCUGUACACCGACUUCCAGAAGCUCCCCGGCGCCGAGAACUCGGCCAUCCUGAUCGAGCGCUACAACCUCACCAAGGCCCAGUCCGUCGGGCGUGGCAAGGCCGCCCUGCACGACGAGCUGCGCUUCGACGCCUUCGCUCAGGCCAUCGUGAUCCCGUGGUAUGAGGACACAUCCCUCGACACUGCGGCCCUGACCUUCGGCUCAAAGGUCCGGGACAUCUGGAGCUUCUCCGCCAGCCCGACCGUCAACCCUACUUACAUCAACUUCGCCCACGGCGACGAAAGCCUUAGCGCCAUUUACGGCUCCAGCCUCGGCCGUCUCAGGACGCUCAAGAAGAAAUACGACCCUACCAAUGUGUUUGGACAGUGGUUCAGCCUUGCAUAG